CACACUUGCGCCGCUUUAACCACUCUCGCGCGACCCUCCGCCCCCUCCCUCCAGAUCUCGCCAAAACUCCACGGGGACGAGCGCGCUCCCGGCAUUUUCUCCAGCGCCCUCGUCGCCGACGAAGGCAGUAGAUCCGGCGGGCGGCGGCCCGGCGCAUCUCCUCGCCUGCGGAGCAGGUGCAUAAUUUGCUGGCUUGUGUUAGUUCGGGGGAUCAGCAAAGCUAUUGAAAAUGGUGGUUCUUGCUGCUUCCAUCAUCUCGAAAUCUGGAAAAGCACUUGUUUCAAGACAAUAUGUUGACAUGUCCCGGAUUAGGAUUGAAGGGUUACUUGCAGCAUUCCCGAAACUUGUUGGAACUGGGAAGCAGCACACUUAUCUUGAGACUGAAAGCGUUCGUUAUGUUUAUCAACCUAUUGAAGGCCUAUAUCUGCUGCUUAUCACAAACAAGCAGAGUAAUAUUCUUGAAGAUCUGGACACACUGAGGCUACUAUCCAAGCUUGUGCCUGAAUACUCGUCUCUGGAUGAGGAUAGUAUCUGUAAAACAGCAUUUGAGCUUAUAUUUGCAUUUGACGAAGCAAUCUCUCUCGGAAACAAGGAAAAUGUAACAGUGCAGCAAGUCAAGCAAUACUGCGAGAUGGAAAGCCAUGAAGAGAAGGCGCAUAAGCUGAUGAUGCAGAGCAAAAUCAAUGAAACUAAAGAUGUCAUGAAGAAGAGAGCUAGUGAGCUUGACAAAAUCAGGAUGGAGAAAGGCAAACUCGACAAAGGAGGAUACUCAUCAAUAUCUGGUCCCCGUGUUAUUGAAAAAACUUUCGGUGACAUGAACAUUAGUGGUUCUGGCUUUGGAAGUGGUUCUUCUGGAUUAAGUGGAAUUGGUGCUGAUAUGGACUCAUUUGCGACUAAACCCAAAGGUCGUCCGUCAGCAGCUGCUACUGCUCCUGGUAAAGGUUUUGGUAUGAAAUUAGGCAAAUCACAGAAGACAAAUCAGUUCCUAGAAUCUUUGAAAGCUGAAGGAGAAGUCAUUUUGGAGGAUGUACAACCAAGUUCAGUUUCUUCGAGGUCCUCGCCUCUUAUACCAAGCGAUCCCAUCACAGUGACUAUUGAAGAGAAACUUAAUGUAGUAGUUAAAAGAGAUGGAGGUGUUAAUAACUUUGAUGUGCAAGGAACCCUUGCUCUUCAGGUCCUUAAUGACGCAGAUGGAUUUAUCCAGUUGCAGAUCGAAAACAAAGAUGUUCCUGGACUCAGCUUCAAAACACACCCCAAUAUCCACAAGGAGCUGUUUAACAGCCAGCAAAUUGUUGGAGCAAAAGAUCCAAACAGGCCUUUCCCAAGUGGUCAAAAUGAAACACCACUUGUGAAAUGGAGAAUUCAGGGGAUGAAUGAAUCGAAUUUACCCCUGUCAGUUAACUGCUGGCCAUCGGUAUCUGGAAAUGAAACCUAUGUCAACAUUGAAUACGAGGCCUCAGAGAUGUUUGACCUGAACAAUGUUGUCAUAUCAAUUCCUCUGCCUGCACUUCGGGAGGCUCCAACCGUUAAACAGAUUGAUGGAGAGUGGAAGUAUGACUCUAGAAACUCUGUAUUGGAAUGGUCCAUUAUCCUUAUUGAUCAGUCAAACCGCAGUGGAUCGAUGGAAUUUAUUGUUCCCCCGGCUGAUCCGUCAACAUUUUUCCCCAUCUCUAUUGGAUUUGGUGCUUCCAAUACUUUCAGUGAUCUGAAGGUCACUGGAAUUCAUCCUCUGAAGGAAGGCAACCCUCCAAAGUAUUCACAGAGGGUCCGUUUGGUUGCUGCGAACUAUCAAAUAGUCUAAAGCCAUACUGAAAUUGUUACUGCCGUUUCUUGUUAGUGGCACAAUGAGUAUAAUUUUGCAUGAAACUUGUUUAAAAAUGUGUGAUUUGUCCUGUUCCAUAUGUAGUGUGUCGCACCAUUGACAAAUAAAAGCAUGGAUUCUCCUGUA